UCAAGGUGAUGGAAGGUCACUCAGGUCCAGUAAUAUGCCUGACUGUCUUCAACCUUCUGCUGUACUCAGGCAGUCAAGACGGUACUGCGCGCUGUUGGGUGCGCGAGUUCGGCAACUGCACCAGAGUUUACAAAGGCGCUAAACAUGCCAUCAUCUGCGUUAAGCUGCAUAAUGGGAUAUUGUUCACAGCCAGUGUGGACUCUUUCGUCCGCGCCUACGAUGCUAAGAGCGGCGCUCUCAAGAAGCUCUUCGUCGGUCACGAGUCGAGCAUCCAGUGCCUCGCCAUCGUCGGCGAGCUCAUGUACACUGGCGGCGCUGAUGCUAAACUCAACGUCUGGGCCGUAAAAGACGUCGAUCAAGAUAUUGAAGAUCUCACCGUGGAAAGCGCAGCCGAUUCACCUGCGAAUGGAACUACAGGGCUGGACGACAACAUCGACGGACCAGAAGGGCGUGAUGAUGGCUACGACCAGCCGACGCCGGCCACGCUGGCUCAGCAGCGUCGCCUUCACGACAUCGAGCAGCGCCUCAGCAGCUACGAUGACGUCGAUAGCAAUAGCCGACCCAGCCCGUAGUUCCUUCGUUUGCUGCUCUUAACUGUUUAGAUAUUGUCGAGAAAAAUCAAAAGGAAUAGGAUGUUUUCAUCGGUAGCCGACCCAGCCCAUAAUUCUUCGUUUGCGGCUCUUUAACUGUUGAGAUAUUGUCGAUAAAAAUAAUAAAAAAAUGAUAUACACAUCAGCAGCCGAUCCAGCCCAUAGUUUUGCUGCUCUUCACUGUUGAGAUAUUGUCGAGAAAAAUCAAAAGAUAUAUGAUUUACACAUCAGCAGCCAACCAAGCCCAUAGUUCCUACGUUUGCUGCUCUUAACUGUUGAGAUAUUGUCGAGAAAAAUCAAAAGAAAUAUGAUGUACACAUCAGCAGCCGACCCAGCGCAAGGUUCCGGCGAUUGCUGUUUAUAAAUAAUGGAGUAAUACCUAUACUAUAGAAACACCUAAGGAACCCAGUGCGUAAUUUGGUUGUUUGCUAAUCAUUAAUGUUAAGAUAUUAUAAAAAUCGUGCCCAGAUCGUUUAACAUAGCAGAAUAAUUAGAACAUAAUUGAGAUAUUUGGUUGUUAUCAAAUAUUAAAACUUACUAUCACAUUAGGCAAGGUGAUGUUGACUGCAAAAGACGACGCAUUGCACAGUCAAUAUCAAAGACAGUAAUAGAUGGAAAAUCAGCGCUAAAUUCAGUAUUUAGCUUUUGCAUUAUAAUAUCGAUGCGUAGGAUCAUUAGCAUGUAUUUGCAGUACAGUUUGCUGAGAGUAUCUGCACCAGUUCUUCUAUAGAUUCGUACUCAUUUAUGUGUAUCCUGCGAACACUUAUGUGAAGUAAAUGUCGAACGCUGCAAUGAACUGAAUGUUAUAGAGAUUAUAUCUUUACUUCUCUAAUGAGGCAGACAGCAACUGUCAACCGUGAACGUCAAGUGGCUCUUUGAUGUUACUGAGUGAAAAAAUAAAUACAUAUUAAUUCUUCAUUAAUUGUAGUAAGACUCAUUUAAUCAACCAUUUACUAACUUGAAAAUAUUAUUUCACCGCAUUUAGAGGAAUCUUUAGUGGACGAUGCCCUUAGGACAAGCACUGUAUUGACUGCAGACCCGCUUGGAGAGUCUCAACUGUGUUUAACUAAAAUUAUUGUUAGUAUUACAAAAUUAGCAUUAGUAAUUAGUUUGACGGGAAAGAAUUAAACAUUCUUCUGCUAGUAGGAAUUAUUUUGUAAGCUCUUUUAUAGGAUUCGUUAUAGAAUUUCAAAAAUAUCAUACCUGUACUGUAGUGGAACUUUCAUUCAAAACAUUAGAAGAUGCUCCUAUUAUAGGAACUGUUUUGCUUCUAGUUGGCAUUCUAUAAUUUUACUGUAUAAACUGUAUCAAUUGAAUAGUGAGAGUACGACUCUUAAACUUUCAAUUACGACUUCAAAUAUGGGUUUCAAUGAUGAAUUUCGGCUUGAACAUAGUGCACUUUACUCCAUGAGAAUAUUAUUCAAUUCAGAGCCACAAUCCUCUGAUGGAGGCAGAAAGUCCAGGCCAGCAGUCCUAACCGUCCCGUAUAUACGCGGUGUCAUUCGAACUAUAAAAUAUGCUAGUAAAAUUAAACUAAUUUUCUGGAGAUCGUUGUGAUGACAAAAAGAAGAACACAAAACACAGAUAAUUAAUUAUGAGGGAAACAAUCAUGGAAAGCUGUGAAGUUUAUAAUCUAUGGAGAAAAUUAAACAAAAUUAACUGGUUUUGUUUAUUAUCAGAAUGAUUGCAUUGAUGUGGCUGCGUUCAUAAGAGGUUAAAGUGCAUCACGUGAUCAACGUUCAUUGUAAUUUUAACUAUGCAUGAAAAAAUUACUUCUCACUAUAUCUCAAUAACAAACUUGGCGAAUAAAUGAAAUCUAACUUCCAACAAUCAUAACCAACUAGAGACAUAAAAGAAACUUAACAUUUGAGUUAAUCAAACUCAGCCAACUUAAAAAUUAUAAUAUUGCA